CGACUAAUCAAUACCCGAGUGCUGACAGCAAUGGAAACUCGGAACGGUAAGGAUCCUGCACCCUCCAUCAACUCGGAUUCCACCGCAUCAUUCAACAAUAGCAGUGGAGUCGGCAGUAGUAAUGGCAAUGGCAAUGGCAAUGUGAAUGGCAGUAGUAAUAGUAAUAGUAACAAGAGAAAUGCUGAUGGAGCAUUAGCACAGUAUCUCUCGUCCACUUCUUCUAGUACUACUACUACAUUUGAAAAUGAGUAUGAUAAACCUUCAUUCUCCAUAGAGACCGUUCAAUUACAAUUUGAUUUAAAUCAUGGACUAACUAACUUACUUGUAUCUAAUAAUAUUAUGUUCUUAAUCCUUAUUAAUUCUAUCAUAAGAAUUGAUUUAGAUAAUCCUACGCAAAUUAAUCGAUUUCAAGUGCCUUCUAUAAGUAGUGUACCAUCCAUAUCAAUCACUGGAAGUUGGUUACAUCCUAAUGGUGCCCAUCUAAUUAUUCAAGUUAAUAGUAUCCAUUAUUUCUAUCUUCAUUCAUCGUAUGAACAAUUCAAGUUAUUACCUCGAUUUAAGAAUUUAAAAGUUGUACAAAUCUGUUUCCCAAGUCAACAAGAUGAUGAUAAUAUUGUUGGUUCAACUACAGGAGAAUUCUUAGUGGCAGUUAAAGAGGGGAUCAUCUAUUCUGCUCUUAUAAAGUAUCAUGCCGAGACUAACAAACGUGAUGAUAAGUAUGUUAAGCAAUUAUAUAAGCAUCCUACAUCCAACAACAACAACACUUCCUUAACUGGUUUAACAUUCACCAACAAUAAUAGUCAAAUAAAUAUCUUUAUUGAUGAUAACAUCUAUAUAUGGGAUUGCUUUGAUUGGACAUAUGCCGAAUUGGUUAAUGUAUUUAAGAAUCCUGCUCAUAAGAUUAUUGAAUUACCUAAAACCAAAACAGCCAUAUUUGCAUGUAAUCCUCAAGCUUAUAUAUAUAUUGAUCCAUUAACUAAUGAAUUCCAAUCAAAUGAUGAAGAAUUAGUAUUAUCUCAAGUUGAAAAAUUACCAGCUCAUGCAACUAUUUUCAAUCUGAAUGUCAUACUAAGUCCUCAUCAUUUGAUUGCUUUAGAUAAUAAUCAAGAACAUAUUUUAAUAUUUAAUAAGCUUUCAUCAACCGAUGCAAUAGAAUUAUCUUUAUUAAAGUAUACUGUUGAUAAUGAACCAAUAUUAGGUAUGAUUGCUGAUUAUAGAUUAGGAACUUAUUGGUUAUAUUCAUCCAAUGCAAUUUAUGAAUUAAUUAUUAAUAAUGAAAGUGUAUCAACAUGGUAUAACUAUUAUAAAAUGGGGAAAUAUGAACAAGCAUUGAAAUGUCUUGAAGAAUCUCCGGAAACAAAUUAUUAUAAAACAGAUUUAAUUCUUAUUAAACAAGGUUAUGAUUAUCUUCAACGAGGAGGGUUUGGAAGUAUUGAAGAUGAUCAAGUUCAAAGCUUAAACAAAGAUGAAUUACUUGAAUUACAAAUAAAGGGAAUUCGAAUCUUGGGUAAAUCUUCAGAACCAUUUGAAAAAGUAUGUUUGAUGUUAUUGAAUCUCCAGCAACAUCAACAAUCUCAAUCACAAUCACAAUCUCACGAUAAGAUAACCUUUGGUUCUAAAACCACCAUUGUUCAUCUAGUAGCACAAAUCUUGUUGAUUGAAUAUUUAAAAGUUAAGUUUACUCAUGCUAAGGAUAUCGAAAAGAAUAAGAUUAGAAUCAUUAUAUUAUCUAGUUGGAUAAUUGAAUUAAUGUUAAGAACUAUCUAUGUAUUAGGUGAUGAUUUACGAGGCGAGAAUUUGAAUGAUCCAUCAUCAUCACCAUCAUCUAGUUCAUUAGAUGUUAAACGAUUUAAACAAAAAUGGUUAGAAUCUUUUGAAUCUGACUUUCAUAAAUUUUUAGCAUCCAACUAUAAGAUUCUCGAUCAAGAUAUUAUAUAUCAGAUAAUGAUAGAAUUAAAUUUACCAUCUAAAUUUAUAUUCUUUGCAGAAUUAAUUGAAGAUUAUCAAUUUAUUUUAAAUCAUUAUAUUGAUAUAAAUGAUUGGGAGAAUGCUAUAAAAGCCAUUAUUAAAUUAUAUAAUUCAUCUUUACCUAAUAAGAUGGAUAUUAUCUAUAAAUCAUCAACUGUCUUAUUAAUUAAUAGUCCUCAAUCAACUAUUAAUACUUGGUUAAAAUUUAAUGAAUCAGAUAUUCAUUAUGAAAACUUUUUACCGGCAAUCUUAAUCUAUAAUAAAAGUAUAAAUCACAUUAAAUUAUAUGAUAAUUAUACCAUUAAGUUUUUAACCAAAUUGAUUUUUGAUAAGGGUAUUAAAAGUAAACAAUUGAACAAUUACUAUUUAUCGUUAUUGAUAACUUAUCCAAAUCAAGAUAUCAAUAAUAAUACUAAUAGUUCUAGUAAACAAAUCCUUAAAUUCUUACAUUAUAUUAGAAGUGAAUCCGGAUCUAAAGGUCAAUUGUAUGAUGCCAAUUUCAUAUUACGAUUAUGUUUGAAUAGAAAUCAAUAUGAGGCAGCUAUUCUUAUCUUAAUUCAUGAUAUGAAAUUGUAUGAUCUGGCAUUGGAAUUGUCUUUAGAUAAUGAUUUACCUCAACUAGCACAAUUUGUAUUACAAGAAUAUGAUAGACAUGAUAAUAGUAAUGGUAUUAGUCAUAGUAAUGGAAAUAAUGGUAAUUCUAAUGGUAAUGGUUAUGGUUAUGGUUAUAAUGGAAGUAUUGAAGAAGAUUAUAUAACUAGAACCAAAUUAGAAGAAGAAAGUUUUAGUUCUAGAAAGAAAUUGUGGACGAGCUUUUCUCGUUAUGUUAUUGAUAAAGUCUGUAAGGGAGAACCCAUUGAUCUUGAUUUUGGAGAUGAUGAAAAUAAUGAUGAUAAUGCUAAUGGAAGUGUAGUAGAUGUGAAUGAUACUAAAAAUACUGAUAAGGAGACUAAGAGCAUUAUUGAUGUUACUAAGGAUUUAGUUAAUGAUAUUGUUGGUAACACAGGUGAUGAUUUACAGAAAGCAGACCAUUUAACUCAUCUGUCACAACGAUUAAGUAAAGUAUUGAAAUAUAUAUUGAAACUUUCUAGACUCAAUAGUAAUGAUAAUAAUGGAGUUAUAGGACUUAAAGAUUUAUUACCAUUAUUCCCCGAAUCAAUAAUGAUUAAUAAUUUCAAAGAUGAAAUAGUCAAAUCACUUAAUGAAUAUAACAAUAAGAUCAAUCGUCUUUCAUUAGAGAUGAAUGAAUCAUUAACUAUAGCUCGGAAUUUAAAGCAACAAAUGAAAGAUUCACAGGCUCUUGAUCAAACUUCUAAAAUAUACUCGAUAAUUGAACCCGGUGAACCAUGUCAGUUAUGUCAAAAGUUACUUAUCAGUAAGAAUUUCAUCUAUUUCCCCAAUUGUCAUCAUGGUCAUCAUAAGGAUUGUUUAGUUCGGAAUUACUUGAUGUUGAAGAAUGAUUAUCGAUUCAAGAAGAUAUAUAAUAACUUUCAGAAGAAUCCUACUUCGACCAUCAAUAAGCAAGAGUUAAAUGAUAUAUUAACUCGGUCUUGUAUCUUAUGUAAUGAGAGUAAUAUCAAUCUUAUUGAUGUGGGGUUUGUUGAUUUUGAAAAAGAUAGUAGUGAUAUUGUGGAUUGGCAGUUGUGAUAAUCCACUGAGUUUAUAUAAUAUAUAUACUAUAUAGAUUUACAACUAGUAGAGUAAGUUCAUUAAUAUAUGUAGG